CACAUACCAGUGGCAUUUUCCAGAUUUCUCGGUCUUUGAUCAGCUGUAAAAGCAUCGGAGAUUGAUAGAAAGAGCGAAGAGAAGCUGUGUCCAUGGCGGAUCAGGAUGAGGUGCCGGAGGGGACCGUGCAGAACAUACUGAGCCAAGAGACUCUCAAGUGGAUUUUCGUCGGAGGCAAAGGAGGCGUUGGCAAGACUACCUGUAGCUCCAUUCUUUCGAUCCUUCUAGCCGGCGUUCGAAGCUCGGUUCUGAUCAUCUCCACCGAUCCUGCUCACAAUCUCAGUGAUGCUUUUCAGCAGCGCUUCACGAAGACACCCACUUUGGUUAAUGGAUUUACCAAUCUCUAUGCGUUGGAGGUGGAUCCUACUGUUGAACAAGAGGAAACGAGUUCUGAGGGAAUGGAUUCUUUGUUUUCAGAGCUAGCAGGUGCUAUACCUGGAAUUGACGAGGCAAUGAGCUUUGCUGAGAUGUUGAAAUUGGUGCAAACAAUGGAUUAUUCUGUUAUAGUAUUUGAUACUGCACCCACCGGCCAUACACUCAGACUUUUGCAGUUCCCAGCAGUUUUGGAGAAGGGUAUUGCAAAAGUAUUGUCCUUGAAAAGUAAAUUUGGCGGUUUGAUUAAUCAGAUGACCCGUAUGUUUGGUGUGGAGGAUGACUUUGGUGAUGAUGCGCUUCUUGUGAGGCUUGAAGGCAUGAAGGAGGUGAUUGAACAAGUUAAUAAGCAGUUCAAGGAUCCGGACAUGACAACUUUUGUCUGUGUUUGCAUUCCGGAGUUCCUCUCUCUGUAUGAAACAGAGAGAUUGGUUCAAGAACUCACAAAGUUUGAGAUUGACACACACAAUAUCAUAAUUAACCAAGUAAUCUUUGAUGAUGAAGAUAUUGAAUCCAAAUUACUUAAGGCAAGAAUGAAGAUGCAACAGAAGUACCUAGACCAGUUUUACAUGUUGUAUGACGACUUUAACAUCACAAAACUGCCACUGCUCCCAGAAGAGGUUACUGGGGUUGCGGCUCUGAAAUCAUUUUCUAGCCAUUUUUUAUCACCAUAUCAAUCAUUGGUCAGUAAAGAUGAAGUGGAACGAUUACGGCGUAGAAUUUCAGCACUAAAGCAGGAAUUAAGUGAAGCUGAGGCAGCAUUGGAGAGACUCAAAUAGUGAAAAGCAUUGAAGUUUCUCAUGACAUUCCAUUAUCAUCAGUUCUGCAAUUUCAAAGCCUCUUUUUUUCGCAUUCUUUUCAACCUUACAACCAGGCAAGGCAUGCCAAUAUAAAGCUAAUUCUCUUCUCUCUUUUUUCCCCCCCUUUUUCUUGUUAACUUCUGCAUAUUUUAGAUUGAGGCUAGCUUCAUUUUUUCACAUUAUUUAUUUAGCGUGCUUUCCAACUAAUUAUGUAUUGGUAUAUGCAUGAUAUACUUUAUUUUCUUCUGAUUCUUUCGUUAUAGAUUAGAAUUAAAAAAAUCCACAUGUCCAUCUUCUUGACACUGAACAUUAGAAACAGAACAUUUUU